AGAGAGAGAAAAUCACAGCAAAGACAUAAACAAGCUUAGAGAGAGAAGCUCAAAUAACUUUUUUGCCUUUUCGUAUAAAUAAAUAAAUAAAUAAAUAAAUAUAUAAGCUUCCAUUUCACCUCAUUUUAAAGAAAAACCAAAAUCAUAAGCUUCAAAAAAGGGCAAAAAUCCCCUCUCUGUGCUUUGUUUGCUUCCUAUUAUCGUCUUCUUCAGUUCGUAAAAACUCUGUUUCUGUUUAAAAUUAUUCUUUGUUCAUCUCUAUUGCCGUUGAAAUUUAAAAGUCACCUGUCUCUUGUUCUCUCCGAUCUGACUCGCCGAGUUCCUUCUGCUUCUGCUUCUACUCGGUUCUGUUCUCGGAUGAGUUAGCGGAGAAGAUCGCCGACCUCAAUCGAUAUGGCCCCGCCAGUUAAUAUAAUUGUUGGUUCCCAUGUUUGGGUUGAAGAUCCUGCCGAAGCAUGGAUCGAUGGAGAAGUUUCUCGAAUUGCUGGUGAACAAGUUCAUGUUCAUUGCACCAAUGGAAAGACGGUUGUCACAAAUAUCUCCAAAGUCUUUCCAAAGGAUACUGAAGCUCCUCCUGGAGGUGUAGAUGACAUGACAAAGCUGUCAUAUUUGCACGAACCAGGAGUUCUUAAUAACUUGGCUGCAAGAUAUGAACUUAAUGAAAUAUAUACAUACACGGGAAAUAUACUUAUAGCUGUCAAUCCAUUUCAAAGAUUACCUCAUCUGUAUGAUACUCAUAUGAUGGAACAAUAUAAAGGAGCCGCAUUUGGGGAACUAAGUCCUCAUGUUUUUGCAGUUGCAGAUGUUGCAUACAGGGCAAUGAUCAAUGAAGGGAAGAGCAACUCAAUUCUGGUCAGCGGAGAAAGUGGUGCUGGUAAGACAGAGACAACAAAGAUGCUUAUGCGGUAUCUUGCAUAUCUUGGUGGUCGAUCUGGGGUAGAAGGAAGGACAGUUGAACAACAAGUUCUUGAAUCCAAUCCAGUCCUUGAAGCAUUUGGCAAUGCCAAAACUGUCAGGAACAACAACUCGAGUCGUUUUGGUAAAUUUGUUGAGAUCCAAUUCGAUAAGAAUGGGAGGAUAUCUGGGGCAGCUGUGCGUACUUAUUUGCUUGAGAGAUCUCGAGUUUGCCAAGUUUCAGAUCCUGAAAGAAAUUAUCAUUGCUUUUACCUUCUUUGUGGUGCUCCUCCUGAGUAUAGAGAGAACUACAAGUUAGGAAACCCGAAAGAUUUCCAUUACUUAAAUCAGUCCACCUGCUAUGAGCUUGAUGGAGUAAAUGAUGCCCACGAAUAUCUUGCAACGAGAAGGGCUAUGGAUGUAGUGGGAAUCAGCGAGGAAGAACAGGAAGCAAUUUUUAGGGUUGUGGCUGCAAUUUUGCAUCUUGGAAAUGUUAAUUUUGCAAAGGGAGAAGAGAUUGACUCUUCUGUCAUUAAGGAUGAGAAAUCCAGAUUCCAUCUUAACAUGACAGCAGAACUGCUUAGGUGUGAUGCCAAGAGCUUGGAAGAUGCACUGAUUACUCGUGUAAUGGUAACGCCAGAAGAGAUAAUCACAAGAACACUUGAUCCUGUUGCUGCUGUGAUUAGCAGGGAUGCCCUAGCUAAGACCGUUUAUUCGCGCCUAUUUGAUUGGCUUGUGGAUAAAAUUAACAAUUCAAUUGGUCAAGAUCCAAACUCGAAAUCACUAAUUGGAGUCCUUGAUAUUUAUGGGUUUGAGAGUUUCAAGUUUAAUAGUUUUGAGCAGUUUUGUAUCAAUUUCACAAAUGAAAAGCUGCAACAACACUUUAACCAGCACGUGUUUAAAAUGGAACAAGAAGAAUAUACAAAAGAAGAAAUCAAUUGGAGCUACAUAGAAUUUGUUGACAACCAAGAUGUGCUGGAUCUAAUUGAAAAGAAACCUGGUGGAAUUAUUGCACUUUUAGAUGAAGCCUGCAUGUUUCCUAAAUCAACACACGAAACAUUUGCUCAGAAAUUGUACCAGACAUUCAAAAGCAACAAGCGUUUCAUUAAACCUAAGCUUUCUCGUACGAGUUUUACUAUAUCUCACUAUGCUGGGGAGGUAACUUAUCAGGCUGAUCACUUUCUUGAUAAAAACAAGGAUUAUGUGGUGGCAGAGCAUCAGGAUCUCUUGACAGCAUCAAGAUGCUCGUUUGUGGCAGGUCUAUUUCCAGCGUCAGCGGAGGAAUCAUCAAAGUCAUCCAAGUUCUCUUCCAUUGGGUCACGCUUUAAGUUACAACUUCAAUCUUUGAUGGAGACCUUGAAUUCAACAGAACCUCACUAUAUCAGAUGUGUGAAGCCAAAUAAUGUCCUGAAGCCUGCUAUUUUUGAGAACAUCAAUAUAAUCCAACAAUUGCGGUGUGGUGGUGUUCUUGAAGCUAUCAGGAUCAGCUGUGCUGGAUAUCCUACUAGGCGAACAUUUUAUGAGUUUCUUCAUCGGUUUGGGGUUCUUGCUCCUGAAGUUUUGGAUGGAAAUUAUGAUGACAAGACCGCCUGCGAAAUGAUUUUGGACAAAAUGGGACUACAAGGAUAUCAGAUAGGAAAGACAAAAGUUUUUCUUAGGGCUGGCCAGAUGGCCGAGUUGGAUGCAAAAAGAGCAGAGGUGCUUGGAAAUGCAGCCAGGAUCAUACAAAGGCAAAUUCGAACAUAUAUUGCUCGCAAAGAGUUCAUUGAAUUUCGUCAAGCUGCCAUUAAAUUGCAAUCAUACCUGCGAGGUAUUUUUGCUCGUGAACUUUAUGAGAAGUUGCGAAGAGAAGCUGGAGCUAUUCAGAUACAGAAGAAUUUCCGACUAUACACAAGCAGAAAAUCAUACUUAGCGGUCCGCUUGGCUGCAAUCACAUUACAGACAGGAUUAAGGGCAAUGACUGCUCGCAACGAAUUCAGAUUUAGAAAACAAACAAAGGCCGCAAUCCUCAUCCAGGCGCAUUUGCGUUGCUUCAUAGCGUACUCUUAUUAUAAGAGGCUUCAAAAAGCAAUUAUUUUUACUCAGUGUGGUUGGAGGCGAAGAGUUGCAAGGAGGGAGCUCAGAAAUCUUAAAAUGGCUGCGAGAGAAACAGGGGCCCUUAAAGAAGCAAAGGACAAACUUGAAAAGCGUGUGGAAGAACUUACAUGGCGCUUGCAACUUGAAAAGCGAUUACGGACUGAUUUAGAAGAAGAAAAAGCCCAGGAAAUAACCAAGUUACAGGAAGCUUUGCAUGCAAUGCAAAUUCAAGUAGAAGAAUCAAAUGCUGCAAUUGUUAAAGAACGAGAGAUAGCUAGAAAAGCCAUUGAAGAAGCACCACCUGUCAUCAAGGAGACACCUGUUCUAGUUCAAGACACUGAAAAAAUUGAUUCGUUGACUGCUGAGGUGGAGAGUUUGAAGGCUAUGCUACUAUCAGAAAGACAAGCAGCAGAAGAGGCCAGGAAGGCUAGUUCAGAUGCUGAGGCGAGAACUGUAGAGCUGACCAAAAACCUUGAAGAUGCAGGGAAAAAAGUGGAUCAACUUCAGGAAUCUGUGCAGAGGCUGGAGGAGAAACUUUCCAACUCAGAGUCCGAGAAUCAAGUACUUCGUCAACAAGCAUUGACUAUGUCUCCAACUGGAAAAACUUUAUCUGCAAGACCAAAGAUGGUUAUUGUUCAGAGGACACCAGAAAAUGGGAAUGUUCUUCAUGGUGAACCCAGGCUUGCAUCAGAUAUGGCUCUUACGACAUCAAAUGCACGUGAGCCUGAAUCAGAGGAAAAACCACAGAAAUCUCUCAAUGAGAAACAACAGGAGAACCAGGACCUACUGAUCAAGUGUAUAUCACAAGAUUUGGGAUUCUCUGGGGGCAGACCAGUGGCGGCUUGUGUCAUAUAUAAAUGCCUUCUUCACUGGAGGUCAUUUGAAGUUGAGAGGACUAGCAUUUUUGAUCGAAUUAUUCAAACCAUAGCUUCAUCUAUUGAGGUCCAGGAUAAUAAUGAUAGGUUAGCUUAUUGGUUAGCAAAUACAUCAACUUUAUUGUUGCUGCUUCAACAUACUCUAAAAGCUAGUGGAGCAGCUAGCUUGACACCACAGCGUCGAAGGACAGCAUCGGCAUCACUCUUUGGAAGGAUGUCUCAAGGCUUACGAGCAUCUCCUCAAACUGCUGGACUCUCAUUUCUUAAUGGUCGGGGGGGACUUGGUAGACUGGACGACUUACGGCAAGUUGAGGCCAAGUAUCCAGCAUUGCUGUUUAAGCAGCAGCUUACUGCGUUCCUUGAGAAGAUAUAUGGAAUGAUUAGAGACAAUUUAAAGAAAGAGAUUUCCCCAUUACUUGGGCUGUGUAUCCAGGCCCCAAGGACAUCGCGGGCAAGUUUAGUGAAAGGGCGUUCUCAAGCUAAUGCUGUAGCACAGCAGGCGUUGAUUGCUCACUGGCAAAGCAUUGUUAAAAGUUUAAACAACUAUUUAAAGAUGAUGAAAGGGAACUAUGUUCCGGCCUUCUUGGUUCGUAAAGUGUUCACUCAGAUAUUCUCUUUCAUCAAUGUUCAAUUAUUCAAUAGUCUUCUUUUGCGUCGUGAGUGUUGUUCAUUCAGUAACGGAGAGUAUGUAAAAGCGGGUUUGGCUGAAUUAGAACAAUGGUGUUGCCUGGCCUCUGAAGAAUAUGCAGGCACAGCGUGGGAUGAAUUGAAGCAUAUUAGACAGGCCGUUGGUUUUCUGGUCAUACACCAAAAGCCAAAAAAGACCUUGAAUGAAAUAACGAAAGAACUUUGUCCUGUGUUGAGCAUCCAGCAGUUAUACAGGAUCAGUACAAUGUACUGGGAUGACAAAUAUGGUACACACAGCGUGUCUUCAGAUGUAAUUUCGAGUAUGAGAGUUAUGAUGACCGAGGACUCUAACAAUGCCGUUAGCAGUUCUUUCCUGUUGGAUGAUGACUCAAGCAUACCAUUCUCGGUAGACGACAUCUCCAAGUCAAUGGAACAGGUAGAUAUAGCUGACAUUGAUCCUCCGCCAUUGAUUCGUGAAAACUCAGGAUUUGUGUUCCUACUUCCACGUCCCGAGUGAUCAAUGUGCUGAACAAGGUCUCCCACUUAGCACGUCAACUAAGGUGCUGAAACAAUCAUGUGCAUAGUAUUAUUCUCUUUUGAUGUCUUCAUCUUCAUCCAUGUGUAUAGCACUUUUUUCUAUACGACCCACAAAUCUUGGUUUGGUGAUGGCUGGGUCAAUUUAUUCUUUUCCCUCGCGUUUCAUCGACAAGAGGGGUAUUUGUUAAGAAGCCAUAUAUCACUUUUUAUCGUGAUAGUGUGCAAGAUCAGGCAAUGGUGUUCUGGUCCUCACAUUUAACUUGGCUUGUUUUUUAACUUUUGUAUUUGUUUGCUUGGUUUCAGAGCACGUAGUGGUAUUGAGUGAUACGUUUUAUAGGUCAUUAUUUGUUUUGUUGAAGUAAUUUGUAAUCUAAAUCUAAGGUAUUACUUUUUAUUUUUUUUUUCUUAAUUCGUUAGAUGAUGACAGUGUCAAUUCUAUAUCCUCACAUAAUAUAAAGUUUUGUUCAUUUUA